AUGACAAGCCUCCUGUGCCUUGCUGCAUUCUUUGCAUUUUUUGCGUUUCUGUACUAUGGGCUUGUGAGACAGAAAUCACAACGCCUCCCAUUGCCGCCUGGGCCAAAGACGUCGAUGUUCGGCUCGGUAGAUCUGCCCAAGACAUACCCAUGGAAGACAUAUGCGCAGUGGAAGAAGACCUAUGGCGAUGUCAUAUACAUCCAUGUCUUUGGCAAUCCAAUAAUUGUAUUGAAUUCGGCAAAGGCAGCCACCGAGUUGCUCGAUAAGCGGAGCAGCAUCUAUUCCUCACGGCCCCAGAGGACCAUGGUCAGCGAGCUCAUGGGCUGGGAUUGGCUUUUCUCCACUGUACCCUAUGGUACAUGGUGGAAGCGACAUAGGACUUUGUUCCACCAAUAUCUCAACGCGAACACCACACCCAACUAUCAUCCCAUACAGACGGACGAGACGCAUGUGAUGCUCAAGAACUUGGCAGCGACGCCCGACAACUUCCUACACCAUGUACGAAGGUUAACCGGGGCCGCCAUUGUUGUAAAGGCAAUGUACGGUCAUCAGGUUGCGCCCGAGGGCGACGCCUUUGUAGCCCUUGCCGACAAAGCCCUCGCAUCUCUUGCGCAGAGCGGGAUCUUCGGGACAUAUCUUGUCGACUACAUCCCCCUACUCAAACACGUUCCCGCCUGGAUCCCUGGGGCAGGAUUCAAACACCAGGCGUCAGAAUGGCGCAAGCUCAAUCGCGCGAUGCUCAACCAGCCCAUCGAGAUGGUCAAGCGAGACAUGGCUAGGGGGGCAGCAGUGUCCUCUUUCGCUACCACCGAAUUAGAGAAAUGGUAUAACUCAGGACAAGACCCUGACCAAGAACGGAUCAUCAAAGACGUUGCGGCAACCACAUACGCAGCUGACAAUUCCCAGUCCGUCUCCGCAGUGCAAUCGUUUUUCUUAGCCGUUACCGUGUACCCAAAUGUUCUAAAGAAGGCACAGGCAGAGAUUGACCGGGUAGUCGGCUCUGACCGUUUACCUACUUUCAACGACAGGAUGUCCCUCCCUUACAUUAACUGGAUAGUCUGGGAAUGUCUUCGGUGGAACCCUGUCACGCCUCUCGGACUUGCACACAGUACCACAGAAGACGACGUGUACGAGGGGUACCAUAUUCCUAAAGGCACCACUGUCCUCCCGAAUGUGUGGAAUAUCCUCCACGACGAAGCAACGUAUCCAGAUCCAUUUGCCUUCAACCCGGACCGAUACGCGGACGCAAAGACUAAUACAGAGCGGGGAAUCAACGACGUGCCAUGGGCCGCCUUUGGCUUCGGUCGUCGGAUGUGUCCAGGGCGAUGGCUGGCUAUCGAUACCAUUUGGAUAGCUGUUGCGACCGCGGCCGCGGUGUUCGAUAUUUCGGCGCCGCUCGACGCGGAGGGUAGGCCCGUCCAGCAGACAGUGGAGUACACAUCGACAUUGCUCAGUCGACCACACCCCUUCCGUUGCCGCAUCGCGCCCCGCUCGGAGGCAGCGGCAGCCCUCAUAGAGCAAUGCACACAGACAUGA